UUAAAGGUGUCUGUCUUCCUGUUGCACUACUCACUGAAGAAAACACAGAGACACACACAGGUGAGACAGCACAGGAGAAUCGGCCCGUUUGGAUAAAGUAGCAGUUAAGGACUCCACACACGCUCAGUAGAUGAUGUUUGUGGCUGGUUUGUGCAGCGCCCUGCUCCUCUGCACUGGCCUGGCCAGUGUCUUGGGUCAGGACUCGGGAGACAUGCCCUUCAAUGAGACCUUGGACUCGGCAGGCAAUGUGUCCCUGCGCUGGGGCUUCGAUAGCAAGCAGGAGACCAUCACCUUCCAGCUAGCCUGCAAGACCAGCGGCUGGGUGGGGUUCGGCCUCAGCCCCAGCGGGGAAAUGGACGGCUCGGAUAUCGUCAUCGGGGGGGUGAAUCCCAACGGCACCACCUACUUCACGGACAGACACGCAGUUGAUGCUCAGCUACCCCUGGUGGAUGGCAGCCAGGAUUACACCCUCCUCUCCCUGAAAGAAGACGCUACCGGAACCACAAUGAAAUUCUCGCGCAAAGUCCAGACCUGCGACAAAGACGACAUGGAGAUUUCAACAAGUGCAAUGAAGCUGAUUUACGCGUACGGAGCGGAUGACAGCAUUGCCUACCAUAACAAUGCCAGAGGAACGAAGAGCGUGAACCUGCUACAGAGCACACAGAGAUCCACGCCCUCCCAGGACUCUGUGGGGCAGCUUGAGAUGACGGUCAAUUCAUUUGCAGUUCCAGAGAGAGAUACGUACUACCACUGCAGAAUUAUUAAAUCUCCCAACUUCCCUGGGAAGCGGCAUGUUUAUCGGAUUGAGCCCAAGAUCCAGUCUGGGAAUGUGGACCUGGUUCAUCACAUGCUGGUGUACGCCUGCCCUGCGUCAGUGAGCGUGGAGCUUGAGGGGGAGUGCUACUCAGGUCAAAGCAUGUAUGUGUUCUCCAGCUGUCAGCAGGUGGUGAUAAGCUGGGCAGUAGGAGGGCAAGACAUUUGGAUGCCUCCAAAUGCAGGGAUUUCGAUUGGGACAAGUGACGAUCCCGUCUUCUACAGACUGGAAAUGCAUUACAGCAACAGCAAACUGAGCAAGGGUCGGGUGGACAGCUCAGGGCUGGUUUUUCACUACACCUCAGAGCUGCGUGCUAACGAUGUGGGGAUAUUGGAGGUGGGUCUGAUCGUGGAUACCUCGUAUGUGAUCCCCCCGAACGCCAAGGAUUUCAAAGCCUAUGGGCUGUGCAACACGUCCACCUUCUCUCAGGUCCUCUCUGGAGACCCUCCUGUAUUGAACGUGUUUGCUUCUUUACUGCACACUCACCUGGCUGGGAGAGGGGUGCGAGUCGGACACUACAGAAAUGGAGAGCAGAUCGGCUUCUUGGGGAAAAAUGAACAUUAUGACUUCAACCUGCAAGAGACUAUGUUCCUGGGGAGCCUGGUCCAGGUGAAAGCGGGUGAUGAAAUAUUGGUGGAAUGUACUUACAAUACAGAAAGUCGCAAGACAGCCACUCAGGGUGGUCUGGGCACUACGAAUGAGAUGUGUCUGGCGUUCCUGUUGUAUUACCCUCGGACGAAGCUGGCAAGUUGCUGGAGUCUUCCUGAGCCCACAGCUAUGAGCGCCGCUCUUGGGGUGAAAGGCACAAGCGAGCUGGUCGCGCUGAUGAACUCCUCCGUCUGGAAUGAUACUGCUGUUGGUCGCUUCGAGAGGACAGUGCGCGGUCUGCCUCAGCUCAUGGCAGUGUCUGUGUCCAAUGGUACACGUACAGUUGACCUCGGUUUCAUCCGGGAGUUCAAAUCCAGCCCGGCGACUGCCUGCACUACCCUUCCCCUCAGCGAUGGUGGUGAGAGCUGUGCACCGGUCACUGCAGGGCUGGGGCUCUGCAUCGCUCUGCUCACCAGUCUCAUCAGUCUCACCGGGGCCCUUUGAACUGGGAGGGAACACUGGGGGGGAGGGGGAAUCGAGAGACGCCUCUCCCCUGCCCAGCGCUGCCUUUCUCAGGGGCAUGCUGACAUGAGUGCCUCUUGAGACUAUUAAUCAUUUCCACCCUUAUAAAAGCUUCCCACCGUCACUCACUAAGAUCCAUGUUUUACAUCUCAGCUCAACAGAAGUUUAGGAUUUUCACCCUCAUCUGCUCUGACAUCUCUUUUCAUGUUUUGCGCUGCGCUGUUUCUUCUCGUGUUUGUUGAGUGGAUCUUGCAAUCCAGUGCUGGCAGUUCAUCUACAACUUCAAAAAACUUGACCUAAAACUCAGAUUUCCUCAGAAAAGUUUAUGAUCAAAUGUUUAGACAUGAACUACCCAUAUAGCAAUGUGAGCACUGCCAGUCAACAAAGACAGGAAGGGAGCUCCCAAGUGACACAUCCAGUAAAGGCACUCUGUCCGGAGUGCAGAAUGCACCCUAGAGCUUGGAGAUCACCAGUUCGAAUUCAAGCGAUCCCACUGCCGACCAUGGACUAAAGUUCCCAGGGGGUGGUGCACAAUUGACCAAGCGCUGCCCGGGCGGGGUAGGGGUUAGGUCGGCUGGGGAGUCCUUGGCUCACUACACACCAGCAACCCCUGUGGCUGGCCGUGUGUCUGCAGGCCGGCCUCUACGCAAUUCAGAACUGCGUGAUCCUCCGACGCUGCAAGUUCUGAGAUGGCUGCACGGCAGGCUUUCAGAGCGAAAAAAGAGAGGACGGCUGACGCCAAUGCGAGUGCUCUUCUUCUCUCCCAAGUCAGUUCAGGGAUUGCAGUGGUGAGCCAGGUUAAAUAAUAAUUAGUCAUUCCAAAAUUGGGAGAAAAUUUAAACAUGAAUAAAAAUAAUUGUUCAAAAGACAGGAAGAAACAGAUACUUACUGUGGAACUCAUUAAACUGUCUGAUGAAGGCACUAGAGCCCAAACAUCUGUGUAUGACUCUGUUUUACUUUCAAUAACCCUGAUGAAGGCACUAGCCCAAACGCUUGUCUGUUUGACUGAAUUUCUUCUAGUUUCCCUCAAUAACACUGAUGAAGGCACUAGCCUUGUAACACUACUUACAAUGACUAAGGAGAAAAAAAAAUAGAAAUGGGAGUGAACAAAAACUAAGCAUCCCUGGCAGCUUACUUAAAUAAGGGUAUGUCAGGACAUGGUUACUUUUUCUUGUGCGACACCCACAAUCAAAUCUGACCUAGACAAUCACAGAACACAGCUGUGUACCAAGUAUGAAGGCAGUAUCUCAAAGCGUUAGGAAACCAAAAGGUCACUUGACACCAAUGUGGUAGCCAUUAGGUAGAGUGGGCACCACACCCUCUGAAACAUAAACAUUUUCUUACAAAAACAAACAUGGAUUUCUGCUGUGAGACUGGCAAGGAUUUCAUGAAGCAAGGACAGCGAAUAACACUGCAUUUCAGUCAGGCACAGUACAGGAAAAAUUCAAGUUUAAAAAUACUUUUGCAGAAAACUUUUUUUUUCUUUUUUUUCUUAAAUCGCUGUUCACGUUUUUCUUAAUUCCCUGUUCUUUAAAUAAGGGCCUCUU